UUUAAGCGGCACCGAUUUGCACACCUGCGUGCGAUCAUGGCAGAUUCGUCCUCCUCCGCAUCGUCGUCGGAAGCCGCUGCUGCUGCUGCUGCUGCUGAUGCUGUCGUCGACACCCAGACCAUAAUGAAAAAUUACCAAGUCACAUGGUACUACAGAGACAAGACGUGGAAUCACAAUGUUUACCUCGAGCACAAAGACGAUCUGAACUCUUACGUGCAGAGGCACAGUUUCUCGGCGAUCGUCUUCACGGACAGUUGGGAGGACGUGGACAUCAAGAAGGCCAUCGACGAGUACGUGGAGAGCAAAACGAACGAGACGAUCGAUCAGGGAGGCGAGCGGAGUAUCUUGUUCAAGAUAGGCAGCAUCACACUGGUGAAUUGCGCGAGAGACAGGAACGCCGAGCCCGCGUACUCGAGAGUCAUGAAACUCCUCGUGGGCGCUUACACGUUCGUGAUAAGACGUUGGAUGAUAUAUCGCGGCAAAAUAAUCAAAACAAUCGGAACGAAAGCGAUACAGGUGGGUGUGUGCAACGGCGCGUUAUUGGCCAAGGUCUUCAUCGCGGAUCCGAAAUCGUCGCAAAAUAAUUUUAAUUUCGACCUGAAGCCGGGACUGGAGGUAAGAUUUUUGUGCAAAAGUUUUCAGAAUUGCGAUCCACCUUACAUCAUGAAAGGUUGCCUGUUGGAUGUGAUGAAAUAGUAGAUAAUUAAUAUCACUCGUAUCGCCGAUACGAGUGCUGUGUAGGAGAGUUGAUUUUAAAGAUUGAAUUUCAAUACAUAUCCACUGGAUUGGAUAAUUGUUAUGGAAUCUUUGAACUGUGAACAUAUAGUUUUUAUUUAAAUAUAUUGUGACGUAAAUUGUAUAAA